AUGCCUUCGUGGAGACGUUUCGAAUGUCCCGUGAUGCGUAUGGUGGACUGCUGCACGAUCUCGUCCAACGUCCAAGGGCCCAUCUGUGUGCUGAGCUUGUGUACCAAGCGGUCGUGGUUGGGAAACGUGCGCGCAGUGGAGGCGUGGAUCGAGGCGCUCAAGAAGCUCAACCAUAGCCAGCCUCAAGGCCCACCGAUGCAACAGCUCAAAUCAAGACUCGUCGUGUGCCGCGCAUCCUCGUUACCUUCGAGCUUUUCAGACACCCACAUGGCCCCAGUCAAGACAGAGACGCGUUUGGAUGUCUUCAGCAGAUAG